GCUUUACGGCCGGCCCGAGCGGUUUGCGGUAGGGAGACGGAGGUGCGGUGCAAGGCUUUUGGGCGCGGUUCGAGUUGAGCGCGACUCGCGUCCCGAGCCGGCCACUUGCAGGGCCCGCGUCAUGGAGCCAGAACAGCUGCUGGAGGGACAGACACCGGUUUCAGAAAAUCCUCACUCUGAGUAUGGCCUCACAGAAAACGUCGAGCGAAUAGUGGAAAAUGAGAAGAUUAAUGCAGAAAAGUCAUCAAAACAGAAGGUGGACCUUCAGUCAUUGCCAACUCGUGCCUACUUGGAUCAGACAGUUGUACCUAUUUUAUUACAGGGACUUGCUGUCCUUGCAAAAGAAAGACCUCCAAAUCCCAUUGAAUUUCUAGCAUCGUAUCUUUUAAAAAACAAGUCACAAUUUGAGGAUCGAAACUAAUUUCGGGAAAAGAAUAAAAGAAUUUGGUUGUUACUGUAGAUAUAUAUGAUUAAGAGGCAGUUUAUAUUGCCAUGAUUCCUUUUUUUUUCUUUUGAAAAUAUAUAAAUCUUCAGGACCACAGAUCUUGUUUCAGUAACUCCAGAAGGGAACAUACUUCCCUUAUUCUUUAUUUAAUGAACAUACUUAUUUAAUGAGCAUAUUCUUUGUUUUUAUUUUUUCACAUUGUCUUAAAAUCAACCUUCAGAAUAAAUUGCUAAAAAUUUGAUUAUUGGAAAGCAGUUUUUAUUGAGGAUAUUUGUGUAUUGUUUGGGUAUUGCUUCAUAGGUAGCACUGAUCCUAUUUCUGAUCAUUUUUGCAUCAUAAUUUCCUUUUGGCUACAUUUUAUAAUGUAUUGAUUUACAGCACAAUGAAAAUAUAGCACAGAGGAAGGAUACUAUCAAAGCUUGAGUAUUUAAAAAGGUAUACAGUUUGUCAUUCCUACCUAACUCACUAUCUUGCCUUAACCUGGCUGUCUCCAAAUAGGUACUUCAUAGCCAAUUAAAAAGUAGCAUUGUUCUUUAGUUGCUUCCCUAAGCAAUCAUGUGGCACCCAAGGCUCUGAUGCAUUUGCUUGUUCUGCUUUUUGUGGAGAUGUUGAGGUAACCCAUCAACCCAGGGAAAGAGAUUUUAUGGAUAUUCUUUGGAGAAAAUGGUUUUAAGAUAGACAAGGAAAAAGUUACACUCUUUUAAAAGAAAAUCCACGAGUUUCAUGUCUCCAACUAAAAGUAUUAAAAAGUUUUUGCAGAAAUAAAAAAAGGCAGGAAAUGGCAUAACAGAACUAGGUCUACUAAAGAAAAGUAGUACUGAUAUGCAUCUGUCAAACUUGUUUUUAUGUAAGUAAGAGAAAUCUGGAAAUAUUGGUUUUUGUCAUUUCCGCAGUUGUAACAUCAUGUAGUAGGAGUCAGAAUACUUGGGCUCAUUACUAGUCUUUCAGCUACUUCAUCUCUAAGAUGGAGAUAAUAUUUAAAUACCUCACAGGGUUAUUACAAAUGUAAGAACAUACAUAUAACACUUCUGGAGACUGCAAAGUGCUUUAUAAUCUUAAGGUGCUAUUAUUUCCAAAUGGGUUAGAUUGUGAAUCCUUGAGAGCAGAGGAAUGGUGUUAUCUUUGCAUACACAGUGCCCGGUGUAUAGGUACUUAAUAAAAUGUUUGAAGAAAUCA